UAUAGUGAAAAGUCGAGACGUCAUAAUAAACUGAGUUGUUUUUAUCAAUGAUUUCACAAAAUGUGUUUAUAGUGGAUAAUUUUUAGGAGUGGUGUUAAUACCAAUGGCCUACUUAAAGAUAUAUUAAAUCCAAAUGUAUACCCAAAGAAUAUAAACAUAUAUUACUUAUGUGUACACAUCCAAAUACAUGUUAUCACAAACUGCAACGGUUUUACUGGGUGUAACAAUCGGCAUCCACUAUCGAGCUAAAGGCCUAAUUAGCUUAGCCACCGAUACAGUCACCGAUUCACAUUAUAGAAUACGAUAUCAUGCCUGAAACGUACCAUAGCUUUCGAAUAAAUGUGAAAAAGAAGAGUUUAUCUACAUCAGGCUACAAACAUGAUUAUAACAAGGAAAUUAAUAGAAAUUUAAAGGAAAAUCGUAUUAAAAUCUCAACCACCAAUACAAGCGCUAUAUCAGUAUUAAAAAACGAUGUAAAUGCACCAGCUGCUAUACUGAUUUGUGCUCAUAAAACGUUUACUGAAUGCAAUUCCAACAUCACGCGGUUAAAGCCUAGAUAUUUGGGCUCCAUAUUUAUCUCUAUAUUGCCCCCUAAAAUGCAUUCACGUCAACGUUAUGUCAAUUUUUUAUUUAUACUUUUAAUUGCAAUUCACCAUAUUUCCUUGACGAAGUCAUUAUUUUUGGAGGACGGUAGCUCAACGGGCAACAUGACCAUUUCGUCAGAAAAGUCCAAUGGAAAUCAUAACUUCGGCAACAGCACUGGAAUCAACAUGAUUUCCGGGACCUCAUCGAUAGUGCAAAAGGAUUAUUUGGAAAAAUUAAAUAAUAUUGAGCGUAGUGUCGCAGCUGUUCUCAUAAAAGUAGCAUAUGGUACAACCUCAACCACAAAGCGAAGCAUACCAGACACAAGUUAUUCAUUAGGUCUAACUACUGUAGCCACACCGUUUUUAACAACACAGAGAUAUCACUCGUCACAUCAUCAACAACAUGGCGUCGGUGGUCGUCCAAAAAAUUAUGAACUAGACUUGGAAAGGGACCAUGCAUUGCCAACAUCCGCGCCCAACGCUGAUAUACUAAAAAGUAAUAACAAUCCGACAUACCCAAAUCCAAACCGCCACCAUUCACAUGAUAGGGAUCGUCACAGGAACGUCGUACAGCAUACUUCCACGUCAAUACCGUUGAUUCCCAACCUUGUAAAAAAAAUAAAUGGAGCCCAACCACCAACAAUACCAAUGUAUCCUGGUGAUAUUCCAUCGUAUUCUCCGCCGUCUCGGGCCUUUUUCACACCUCCACUUCCUCCAGAAUAUCAAAACCCAUUUGCGGACAAACCAACUUUACGUGGUACCAAUAACGAGGGUCUGCUUGCAGUGAAUAGGCGUCCUAUCCCACCGCCUAGUUUGAUGCCCAGCCAGGACCGAAUACCAAUUCGACCACCAGACCUAGGAAGCAAUAGUAACGACGCCGUUGUCAAUAAACUGACGAACUUAAAUUACGCCCCGCUUGGCAUGGAUGCAAAGCUACGUCUCGAAACAAAUGUCUCCCAUGGAAUAGUGUCGGACACAUCCAUAACAGAACGAAAAAGCUUAAAAGCUUUAAAUACACCAGCACGAACUAGUGGAGAAGAAUUUUUAAACGAAAAGGCCAGUAGCGCAAAAGGAGAGACGUCCUAUGACCCGGAUGCCAUUGGUCCAAAUAAAAGACAGGAAGUUUUACCUAACAUUAGACGUAUUCUGGGAUCAAACGGAAAGAAUGGCGACAUACCAGAGGUUUUGUUGAAGCAGGUAACUCAGCGACCCAUUAUUACAAUGCGGCACCCUCCCUCUUCCCCAAUUGUACUGAUCGAAAAGUCUACAACAAACGAGGAAAAUAUAGAUGCUGAUGUACCUUCCGUGGUUAGUCCUAACAUUAAUCAUAGCAAGUACCAGCCUGGUCAGUUGGAGUAUUAUGAGAAUGCUAAUCAGACUGCAGGGACAACGCCAUCAGCAGCUGCUGCUAUUGGAGAUGUAUCAGCCACUUCAUUUUCAUACGCCACCACAAAUGCGGGUCAGCCCGGACAUACAGGAAAGACAUCUAAUGGUUUACGGGAGCUUGGUACGAGCACAGCUGACCACAAUGCUAUUGGGGCAGCUGCAGCUGCUGCAGUACGCACAACUUGGACAUGGGCCUGGAAUAUUCACAUCUAUCUGUCAGUUGUACUCUUUACUAUUUUAUCUGUAUAUUCGCUUUACAAACUGCUUACCUAUAACAAGCUUACUCAUUUGUUCGCACAGGCAUAUUUUGUGUGCAUUCAUCUAAUACUGAUAAUGAUAUGCAUAUUGAGAAUAUCUUUUCUUUGUUUUGAUGCAUACAAUGUUCAUGGGAGCUUUAAUUUAUUUACUUCAGAGCUCUUGCUUAAUCUACCCUCCACAUUUCUAACAGUUGCUUUCUCUGUUCUUAUAUUGUUUCUCUUCCUUAAGGCCUUAAAUCACAAAAACAAUAGAUACUCUGCUUUGAUAAGACCGCUGACAGUUGUUGUGGGCUGCGGAGUUCACGUUAUACUUUGCAUUACAUUACAUUACGUUGAAUCCUAUACCUUAAAAAAUCAUAACUUAUAUUUUCAACAACAGCAGCAACAACAGUACUUUCGUCGGCAGCAACUUUAUAACCAACAAGGCCAAACUACUGCUACAAUGCCUCCAUCGGCAAUUUUGCCACCACCGCCCCGGGUAUUGACUUUAAUAUGUCAGAUAAUUUACAUUUUUAUAUGCCUUAGCCUGGGGCUACUAUAUCUUUACUUAUACCGCAUUUUAAAACGCAUUCUUCGCAGCAAAUCUCAAAACUAUAUACAUGGUUAUCAAAAUUUGUCUUACGCUAUCCACAUUACGAUUGCAACAGCUCUUUUGUUUGUACUACUGGCAGCCCUUCAGAUAUUCGGAGCUAUAUAUAUUUUAUCUCGUCAAACCAGUAUUGUCGAUGUCGACUGGCUGCAAUGGGGAUAUCAGUUCUCUCUGCGUCUCAUAGAGAUAGCUAUAAUUACGUUAAUAUCCUGGGUAGUUGGACUAAAGACAAGUGUCGGGCACGAUUCUUUAAGCGCUGUUGCUGGCGAUGUUCGAAUGAUUGGUCCAGGCGUGAGUGCUUAUGGCCAAGAUGGUGGUACACCUAACAAUGCCAUUAGAGAAAAACAUGUUGGAAACGGCACAGGCACGCACAACUCAAAUGUGACAAAUUUUUUUCUUCCGUGUACAUCAAGCUCAAGUCAGGAGCAUUUUGAAACUGACUACCCAGCUAUUUGCAAUGCAAAUACAAAUCUUCAUACCUACACAAUGCGGACAGGGAAACUUAUUUACGACGAUAGUUACGCUCUGAAUUCUAUGGGACCAACAACAGCUGCAACUUCAAACGGUCGUCCCUGUGAAUAUCAGCUACAGGAGCCUAUGUACCAGAGGCCAUAUGAUACGGGGUCAAUUGGAAGUACUUUAAAUGGUCAAGCUUCUCAAAACUACAACCAACAACAUCAAUUGCAUCAAAUGCGUUUCCAUGAGCAUCCGACGUAUAUGAGUACGGACUAUAUGACAGACGCUGUUCCUGAUCAUUACGAAAAUCCAAAUUUCAGUUUGCACAGUACCGCCAUUGCAACCACUGAACAAAAUCGAAGAGAUUUUUACGAACAAAAUGGAGUUUGUUCUAACUCAAGUUCUGGGACUUCGCAGCAGCAAGUCGAAUUGUUGCAAAACAAUUGUUAUUCUGAACCACUAGAGCAGGAAAACAAGCCAUAUGAAUUUAACAUCUUUGAGCGACCGGUGUUUAAGGAAAAAUCUGUUCACAGUGUUCAGUCCAAUAGUGAGUGUAUUCAAGACCGACAAAAAAUUUCAAAUGGACGCGAAAAAAAGAUUAACGGUGCACUUGAACGGCAUUUCUUUGAAAGCAAGACUCAUGAGCGCCGAAGUUCGAAUUCAGCUAAUUCGUGCUCUUCAUCAAAUGGGGGAGGUGGAGGGCGAUAUGCAAGUUUUAAUUCAUUUGAACGCGGAUAUUUCAACGGCGUCUGCAAAAGUGGUACUCUAAGUAAUAUAGCCAAUGGUGGUGCUUUGGGUCAAACCCUUGAGUCACCGAUGGCUUCUGCUGAUACUCCACGAAUAGUCGCCAAUGGAGCGCAGACGUUAGGAAUACCAGAUAAGGAUAGACCACGUUACUACCAGAGAACAAGUGCACGUAAUUCGAACUUAAGGUCAUUGGAAACUGGAACUGAACUGUUUAAAAGAAAGCCCAUAAGGGAGAACCAUUUACAAAAGCUACCUUAUGAUCACAAUUCCGAGGAGGAAGACGAUGAAGAAGACGACAUUACAUCGGGAACUAAUGUAGAGUGUACAAACUUGAUAAACAACGAUCACGGUUCUAUUAUUCCUGCUGAAGAUACGGCAUCUAAUUCUAUAUCUAUCAAUGGAAAAACAUCAUCACUUGUCGGUGCAGCAGCAACAAAAAAUUCAAGUUCUCGCGCACAAUUACAUAUUUCAAAUAAAGGAAAGCAACGUUCGGAGUUAUGUACGACUUCAUCAGCUUCGGUGGCGUCUGCAUCUUCAAAUUCAUGCACGACAUCCAGUGCUUCCGAUAGUAUGCUUGUAGCAGACCAAGGUUUUGUACGAUUUAGGCCUAUUGACGUUCAAAAUACUGUUCAAGACGGAAGCAAUAUAGGUUCCGAAAGGACUGCUCUUUCAUCUCUUCGUCUUAAAAGUUGCAGUGCGACUGUAAAUGGCAUCGAUUGCUAAGAUUCUAUACUUCCCAGAUACAUAGCUUUGCAUGUCAUUACAAUAACUAUCUUGUUUUUAUAACUCACUAUCAAUCAAGCGCAGUGUUGAUUGUCAAUAAGUAGUAAAAUAGACACUUUCAACUAUCUUCAAACUUGUGAUAUAUAUAUAUAACAAAACAAAAUAUAAUCUAUAUAUAUGCGAAUUUUCAGUAUACCAACCUAUCACUUGGUAAAUAAUUAUUUAAUGCUUACUCUAAAAUCUAAUUUAACAUUUAAUUUUAAAAAGUUAAAUGCUUAACUGUCUGCAUACUAAAAAGCCUUUCGUUUUCCCAUUAGAUUUAUGUUUUUUUUAUUUAAAAAGCUUUCAUAAAUGUAUAUUUCGUCCGCAACCAUUUAUUAUUUACCUAGUAAAUAUGUAUAUAAUAUUUAAAAAUACUUCAUAAAUAUGUCACAGCAUUUCUCCGUGUAAACAAAUAAUAAAAUUAAUUUCACAUACUGAUUAUGUUUAUUUUAAGUAUCCGUUGCGAUUAAUACAGGAAAAUAAAAUGAAAAAUUAAAUCUUUUUAGAUGUAUUUUUGCGAAGCCUUUUCGUACAAUGAAAAUAAAUAAUUUUGUGCGCAUAUGUAUGGGACAAUAACAAAAACGGAAAAAAAUUCAAUUUUGUCACUUAACACUAAAAUUCAAGGAUUAUUAGUUUUCAUAUACACUAAGUAUUUUUAAAGGCCGACGUACAUAAUAUUGCAAAAUAAGUUUUUAAACCUUAAAUUCAUAUUUAUUGGCUUUCCAAAAUUAAAAGAUUUACUUAUACAAAUUUCUAUUCGUUUGACAUAAGUAAGAAGCCUGUUACAAUUAAACGUUAAUUACAUAGUACUGAUUAGUUAAGGCUUUUGCAUUUUCUAUUGUUAAAAUCUUCAAAAAUAAAUGGAUUCUUAAAAAUAAUUAUAAUUAAUCAUACAAUUGUAAGAUUAUAAUUUUACUAUUUCAAUGCAGCACCGUCAAACUGUCAUGUUAGGAAGCCAUACAUAAAAUAUUAAUAUUAGAGAUAAACUGUAAAUAUUUUUAUAUCUAUAUGUAAUAUUAAUUUCUCUUAAUAUUAAUAAAAUUAUAAGUAUUUACGAACAAUAUUUCCGAAUUAUAAUUAUACAUAAACUUUGUACACAUUGAAAAAGACGCAACAUGUAUGCAUGUUCUUGAAUGUAAUUACCUUAAAUAAGCUAGCCAAGCAAAAAUAAAUAUUAAAUACAGCAUUUA